AAUCAGGCCAGACCAUUAAGGCAUUUUAAUCAAUCAAAAUGUCGUAACAAAAGUUCCGACACUAGACUCUGUACACUAUGUCUGCCGUCAUCUUUUCCUCAUCUCCUGUUGCAAACAGCGCUCGAAUGUCUCGUCGAUAUCGCACUCUUGACAGUGGUGAUGCGAAUGUGCGUACUACGGUCGAGCUCGGCUUGCUCCAGCGUGAGCAGGUGGAGCGAAUUGCUUCCGCGGGGAUCAAACAUGUUCAAUCAGUGCUCCCAAAUGCCUAUGCAUCACACAAAACCAGGCCGCCGGUGACGACACUACCAUCUCUGAGCGCGCGGACAAUUAAUGUCGGCCUCCGAACAUCGUCCCGUUCGAGGGACAAAAUACCGCAUAUCACGUUGGUAAAACACGAAAUCCCACAGUUUAUUAGUCCUCUUUACCAACGAUCUACCUGUAAACGAGACAACCAUGGCACCGCUCACGAUCUUUGUCGCUUCAUACACUGACUCCAUUUACACGUUGUCCUUUGAUCCAGUACCGUCGACAGGAUCUCCGACUCUUAAUCUUCUGGCUCGAACAAUCGUCGGCCACCAUCCGUCAUGGAUCACAUCUCAUCCGUCCGAUAAAUCCCUCAUAUAUACAGGGCUCGAACAGGCAGAUGGAGAGGUUGCCGCGAUCAAGUAUGGCAGGGGUGGAACCGUCGAAGAAGGAGAAGUGGUGGCCAGGGCCAAAAGUGGUGGUGCAGACCCUUGCAGCCUUCUUGUCGCAGAGGACGAGCUUAUCAUUGGAAAUUAUUCCUCGGGCACAAUCGCGACCCUUCCGAUAUCAACAUCCGCCCCUUACAUACUCUCACCACACCCAUGGACGCUUUCGAUGCCGUUUGAGCAUGUAGGUCGGAACAAAACUCGUCAAUCUUCAUCCCACCCCCAUCAAAUCAUUUUCAAUCCACUGAAUCAAACGGAGAAAGAGCUCCUUAUCCCGGAUUUAGGUACAGACAAGGUCUGGAGACUCACCAAACGAAACGAUGACAAGUGGUCCAUUCGCGGUCACAUUGACUUUGAAGCAGGGGGUGGCCCACGACAUGUCGCAGCUCGAGGAAAUACCCUUUACACGCUACUGGAGCUCACCUCAAAGCUUGCUGUACAUAUUUUCCCGCCGCUUCCGGCGCCCCCCACUCCUCUUACAUCUCUAUUCACACUUUCUGCAUUACCGAUACCGGAUAACAUGUUGGCAGCGGAAAUUCUGCUACCCGAACCCAACGCAUCCUUCCCUGAAACAUUCAUCUACACAUCGAACAGAAACGACCCUCAUUCAGAGGGUGACACUAUUGCAAUAUUCUCUCUCACCGCCGGAGAGGGCCAGCCAGAGCUUGUGAACGAAGUGCGUACGGGGCUAAUUCAUGUCCGGGGAAUGGCGUUUGGAGGUGACGAAGAUAAGUAUCUGGUCGUAGGUGGUGUGGAAGGUGGCGGAGUGAAGGUAUUUGAGAGGAUUGAUGGUGGUAAGGGACUCCAAGAAAUCGCGAAGCUCGGUGAAGACGUUGUAGGCCGUCCCACUGGCUUCUUGUGGCACUGAGAAGUCAAAAUAUGAACCGGUGGACAUACGUCUGCUCGCCAGCUGGGGUGUAACAUUUAUGGGCGUCUGUCACAUCAGGUCGAGGGUACCAGUUGUAGUAGUAUGCUUACUUGUAGUGUCCGAUCGAAGUUCAUCGAACCGGCUGUUACUAUUAGGGCCCAGUCAAAACCCACAACACGCGUAUGGUACACACAGAUACAGAGGGAUCCAUGUACAUGCACGCAAUUUUGGCUGUUUUCAUAGCGUAGUCUUAUCUUGUAUCUAUAUAAUUCACAAUGAUCAGACUUGUCCCAAU